AUGGAGAUCCCCACCGCUGCCAUCCACCGCCUCCAGUCCUCGCUCCGCGAGGCCACCUUCGCCCCUUCUGCAGAAGAUUUACCCGCCCCUCCCUUCCCCUCCGUCGCCGACGCCGUCGCAGCCUUCGACUCGGGCGCCGCCUCCGUCUCGGCGGAGCUCCGAUGCGUGCGCUGCGGGGCGGCGGGAGGGCUCCUGCGCGGUGCGCAGUCUGCACUCUGCGCCUACUGCGGGUGCCCCAGGCGCGGGGACGAGGCAGAAGGCGGUGGAAGCGGCGGCAUCGCCUUCCGUGACGGCGCGGCCUACCGGUGGCUGCUCGGCUCGCUUGGACUCGACGGAUCCGUGAGCUUUCCUUCCUACAUUAUUUGGCGCUAA